GUAUAAAGGCACUUCCUGUGCUCCUGUCUUCAAAGAAACGAAUUUAAAACAUUCAUGGCUUGACGGUACAGCAAGGUAGUGGAAAAAAAAGCUGAAACCCAAGAUGAACUACGUACCAGGGACGGCGAGCCUCAUAGACGACAUUGACAAGAAGCACCUGGUGCUGCUCCGGGACGGCAGGACGCUGAUUGGUUACCUGAGGAGCAUCGAUCAGUUUGCCAAUUUAGUCUUUCACCAGACCGUGGAGAGGAUCCACGUGGGGAAAAAGUUUGGAGACAUCCCCAGAGGAAUCUUCAUCGUGAGAGGAGAGAAUGUGGUGCUGCUUGGAGAGAUAGACGUGGACAAGCCCUGCGACACCGUCCUGCAGCAAGUCUCCAUCGAGGAGAUCCUGGAGGAGCAGCGGCUGCAGCAGCAGACCAAGCAGGAGACGGAGAAAGUCAAGAUGCAAGUGUUGAAGGACCGAGGCCUUUCCGUCCCCAAAGCAGAUAACUUGGACGAGUACUGACACGGCCUCUUUGUCCUCCCCCGAUGAUUAGACUUGUCCUUUUGCAUCAGACUGAGUUUUAUGUUUUGGGGGGUUUUGUUUGCUUUUUUAUGUGUAGAAAACGGCUAUCACUAUUUACUUUAGCGUAUCAAUUUAGCAUAAAGUAUUUGGUUUAAAAAAUGAUUAGAAAAAUGUGGUAAAUCAUGAUGACUGUGCUGGCAGUUCAGUAAUCCGUUUACAGAAGCACUUUCUCACUAAAGUAUUAGUUUUGUGUAGAUCUGUGGGUUUGGCUGCUGGCAAACUUUAUUUUUCUCCAAAUAACACUUUGAGUUUCUUUAUGGAAAAUACAUCAUCACGUCUGGCAACGGUUACGUUUCUGGGUUGUUGUUUUUUUUUUUUGUGUGAAUGUUGGCUCAGCAUUCAUGUUUUCUUUUUAGUUUUGUGAUCAAAUGACUUCUACAUACUUUGUGCCAUUUUAAUCUCCGUUAAAAUGUUCGGCCCUGUGGGGAACUGUGAGCUUUGACUUUUUCAGGACUUGGGACAUUUGUCAUUUUUGACUUUAUUUAUAAAGAAUCCUCAGAGAAAUGUGAGAAAUUGUCAUUUCCUUCUAAAACAUUCUUUGAAAUUUACUU